ACGCUUGGCCACCGCCUGCCGUCCAGCCAUCCCUCCGCCGUUUACCGUGCUCCCACCCGCCGCCUGUCAUCUGCGCUACCCAUCCUUACAUCGCCAAUGAUACAUGCUGGACUUCCUUCUCUUCCCGCGGGAUACACCUAGAAUUCGAUAUUUACAUUGCGUCCGCAACAAUGGCUCGGGAUGUCCGCUGUAGUCUGAAGCGCUAACUUCAUUUUUUAGCCUUCAAAUAUGAAUCAUGCGUCUGAUAUUCCAUCUGAGUCUGCUUGCUGGCAUCUUAGUUGCAUUGCUACCUUCAUUUUCUUCAGCAUUGGCUGUUUCCCCCGCCGCGGAGCAUGAAGAUACCAGGGAGCACAAAUCCGAGGGGUCGCGGCAAGAUGUGACAGUAACUCCGGACCACAAAAACACCACGAAACGCUUGGGCGCGCGGCAUGUCACAAUCACGUAUCCAUCGCGCCUCAUCUACUAUUUAAACGAGGAGUCCGAGAGCGCAUAUCAUGGCUUGGCUACUCGGGCGCGCAACCAAGCCAGUGGAGGCCAGCCUGUUCACUUGGCCCAGACAAGCUUCCAGCUGGACGCCUUCGGAUCCACUUUCACUCUGGAUCUAACACUAAACAAUGAUUUGCUGUCUUCAGAUUAUGUGGAGAUCCACUAUGAGAAAGACAAACAAGUAUUUUCAAAGGGAGGAGAACAUUGUUACUACCAUGGCCAAGUGAGGGGGAAGGAAACUUCUCAAGUGGCUCUGUCAACAUGCAAUGGGCUUCAUGGAAUGUUCAAUGACGGCACCUUUGUUUACCUCAUUGAGCCACUGAACCAGACUAACUACUCGGAAACAGAGUCGCGACCCCACACCUUGAAGCGGAUGUUAUCUCUUCAUAUGGGUCAUGACCUCGCUGGUCCGGCUGCUGAGAAGCAGGAGGAGGAAGAGCAGACUUUCGCCGAUAUGCCGUGGUUGAGGCGUCGCAGGAAACGCGCAACGAUGCCACAGAAGGUAUUUGAUGAAAUGAAAUAUCUGGAAAUCAUGAUAGUCAGUGAUUACAACACGUUUAAGAGACAUAAAAGCAAAAAGCAUACCAGGAACUUUGCCAAAUCAGUGGUUAACCUAGUAGAUGCAAUCUUCAAAGAGCAGCUGAACACGCGUGUAGUGCUGGUUGCUGUGGAGAUUUGGACGGACCGUGACAGAAUUCCCCUGAACGUGAAGCCUCUUGACAUGCUACGAGAUUUCUCCAAGUACCGUCAGCAGAACAUCCGUGUCAGUGCCGAUGCCGUUCACCUCUUCACGAACAUUACGUUUCACUAUGGGAGGAGCAAUGUGGCCUAUAUUGGGGGAGUGUGCUCCAUCCCGCGCGGAGUCGGCGUGAAUGAGUUUGGCAGCACAUGGACGAUGGCUGCCUCUCUCUCCCAGAGCUUGGCACAGAAUCUGGGCAUCCACUGGGAUCCAGUUAGCAGGAGGAAGGAGUGUGGCUGUAUGGAUUCAUGGGUCGGGUGCAUAAUGGAAGAUACGGGAGUGCAGCAUCCCCGCAGGUUCUCCAGAUGCAGCAUCGCUGACUAUAAGAACUUCCUGCUCAGGGGAGGUGCUUCCUGUCUCUUCAACAGACCCAACAAGCUCUUCGAGGCUACAGAAUGUGGCAAUGGAUAUGUAGAGGUUGGGGAGGAGUGUGACUGUGGAGCAAGGAUGGAGUGCUAUAAAGACUGCUGUAAGAAGUGCUCUCUGUCUAAUGGAGCCCACUGUAGUGAUGGCCCAUGCUGUAACAGCACCUGCCUGUUCUUAGCGCGAGGGUACAGUUGCCGUUAUGCUGUCAACGACUGUGAUAUUUCAGAGACUUGUUCAGGAGACUCAGGCCAGUGUCCUCCUAACCUACACAAGCAGGACAGCUACCCCUGUCAACUUAACCAGGGCCGUUGCUAUGGUGGUGAAUGCAAAACAAGGGACAGCCAGUGCAAGUACAUCUGGGGUCCAAAGGCAGGGGGCUCAGAGAAACACUGCUACGAAAAGCUAAACACUGAGGGAUCAGAGAAAGGGAAUUGUGGGAAAGAUGGAGAAAAAUGGCUCCCCUGCAGUAAACAUGAUGUGUUCUGUGGGUACCUGCUGUGCACCAACAUCGGCAGAAACCCCAGGAUAGGGACUCUGAAAGGUGACAUCACCCCCACCACUUUUAACCAUCAGGGGCGGCUGGUAGACUGCAGUGGUGGACGUGUGCUAUUGGAUGACGACACGGACCUGGGUUAUGUGGAAGAUGGGACGCCGUGCGGCCCCUCCAUGAUGUGCCUUGAGCGGAAGUGUCUGCCCAUCUCCUCCCUGAACCUCACCGCCUGCCCCUUGGGGCCCAAUGGACGCGUCUGCUCCUCUCAUGGCGUGUGCAAUAAUGAAGCUGCCUGCACCUGCGACACCACCUGGGCAGGGACGGACUGUAGCAUGCAUGACCCGCCGAAAGAGCCUCCCGUCAUCGAAGAUGAGGGCCCAAAGGAAACGUCAAGAAGAGACGCUAUGACCCCAAUGCCAGUGCCAUCUAGAGGAGUGCUGGAGACAGCAGCCAAGCCUGCUGCCCCCCUGGCCUGCUGGAGCAAGUUACCUGCUGGACUGUACCUUCUCUCGCUGCUCGCAGCCAGUUAGCAAUACUUGAAGAAAAGAAAACAGACAAGGAAAUCAAGGAAUAGACAAGGAGCAAUCUAAUAUUUCACCCAGAGUCACGUACGAGAGCCACGUAUGAAAGUCAUGUACCAGUCAUGUAGGGCAGAGAAAGAGCUUCUGUAAGCCUCUGUGCUCUCUUACGUGACCUUUGAACCCUCACUCAGAUGACCAGUCAUGGUUGCGCUUUCCCGUUUGCGAUCAUCCUGACUUCCUGUUGACCUUGGCAUGAUCAGCCCUGGCUGUGGCACUUGCAUGGCAGAGGAGGGACCGACAUAACACACACACACACACACACACACACACACACACACGCGCGCGCACACACAGACAAAGAAGAAUAUAAUUCUACAAUUAGUUGCAAUGAGGAGAGCGAGCUAGAGAAGGGUCUGCACUGAAAUUGCUGCACUGAUCACAGAGUCCGUCCAGUGCUGUCAGCGCCUGCAUAGGCCUGGAUGGCCUGACCACACAUCAACAUGUAGAAGACUUGAACGACACUGAGACUAAGACAAGGGUGUGACCCGUAUACAAAGAGUUAAACGGCUCUUUCUUUUAGACUACAGCAUGUUGUAUUGCAGGUGUUUUAAUGAAAAAAAAAAAAAAAAAAAAAACCCGGAAAAACAUGGUGUCUAGCAAUUUGGGCGGUGGCUCCUGGUGCUGCUUAACCAGUUCACAUUAAACUCUGGUACAAUAAACACACACACACACACACACACACACACAAACAAACAAUUAUAUAUGCCUGGUAAUGUCAGAAACUGUUACCCCUAUAACUUAUUUAACUCCCUGGACCUACUGGCCUUGUAGGGCUGCCCUGUGCAGAAUGUUUCUGCAACUAAUCAGAGAGCUGCAUGAUGUAAUUGCACUGGGGGUGGAGCCCACACAGCCUGUCACGCUUUCUUAAGAUAACUGCAUGUUAAAGGAAAAACAAUUAACUUCUACUUUUACUAUGCAAAGGGGAAACAUCGCACAAACCCUAUGGAUUGGUAAACAUGGUGAAUAUUAAAAGUGAAACUGACUCUGUCCUGCUAUCAUUAGGGAGUCUUUUAUAUGCCUGACCCUGACUAUGGUGGUCUUUUGAAUAAACUUCUAAUUACUUAUAAUGAAUGUUUCAAGGAAAAUUUAAGCUUUUAAAUUUAUUAUUCGUUGUAAUAGUCAUUUAUGAGAAAGAAUAAUAUAAGGUCUUGCAAGUAAUCAGUUGUAUUUGAUUGGAUUUGGCCCAGUGUCAGAGUGGAAGUUUUCAGUUUGGGCUUAACAUGUAGGAAAAGAUUUGGGGCAUUUUGUCCACUGGCACAGGCCACAUGACUCUUGAGUCCCUUAACCCUGCCCCUUUUACAUUCAUCUCAUGUGCCCAUGGAAAUACUGACAGAACAAUAAAGAACUUGACAAAAUAAAA